CGGUAUUGAUUCAGCAGGUCUGAUUCGACUGGAGCACCAUGGCUUCCUACACACUGCUGCUGCUCCUGGCCUCAUGUUGUGGGGCUCUGGCCUCCCACUUCUAUAGUGGAGUCCUGACCUUCACUCCGAAAGGAAAGAACCCAGAUGGAUCGUUCAGGGUGGAAUUCCGCUACAAGCGCACUUUUCAUGUCUGCUAUCAGGGGAACACCUGGCAGUGUUCCAAUGGAAACUGUGGGAACAUCGAUCGAUUUGAAUUAGGUGAAGUGGAUCGCAGUCCUACUGGAGUCAGUUAUAGAUCACAAGGGUGGUGUCAGUCUGAGGCAGUAAUGACAAGAAAUAUUCCAAACAACAAGCCUUUUGAAAUGCGGAAAUCUGGGUGUUGUUGGAUUUAUAAUUCACUCAGCAGUGGUGCACCAUGGAGGCUUUUGACACAUGUGGACCUUGGGAUCAGGUCCGAUACACAGGAGCCCAACAGAUCUCCAGUGACAACAAUUCUGCCUUUCAUCCGGAUACCUCAGAACUGUCAUAGGACAUUAUACCUGCUGGCUCAUGACCCUGAUAAGGACCAAGUUAGAUGCAGAUAUGGCAAUUCUCAUUCCAAUGAGUGCUAUUACUGCUACCAGCAUCCAGGAUUCCACCUGGAUCAAAAUGCUUGCACGUUGUCUAACAAAAACACUGCCUCUCAAAGUGUUCAUGCCUUUGAGAUUGUCCUGGAGGAUUACCCCAGACAACAAAUCACUCUGUCUUACACCGAUGGUACAAUGUCCAUCAAGUCUCCACUAGUUACAAGACACAAGAGGUCCUAUGGGCAUAUGGUUACAGCAGCCCCUACAGCAGGAUGGUGGUGGAACCAGCCCAACACUACACCCACACCACACUGGGGGAGCCAUCACCAGAACACACCUUCCCCCUGGUGGUGGAACCAGCCCAACACUACACCCAUACCAUACUGGAGGAGCCAUCACCAGAACACACCUUCCCCCUGGUGGUGGAACCAGCCCAACACUACACCCACACCACACUGGAGGAGCCAUCACCAGAACACACCUUCCCCCUGGUGGUGGAACCAGCCCAACACUACACCCACACCACACUGGAAGAGCCAUCACCAGAACACACCUUCCUCCUGGUGGUGGUACCAACCCACGACCACACGUUCAACAACCCAGCCCACUACAACCACCCUUGCUCUGACAACAACAUCCCAUGGUCCCUCUACUGGUCCAUUGAGCAAAAUCCCUCUGCACUUUGCGAUUCAAGUUGACCCACCAGUGUAUUCCUGUACCGCGGGACUAAUUCUGCCCCAGUUGCUGUACCCAACUCCAAGAAAUGGAGAAAUCCUCAAUGCCUCUGUCAAUCAGGAACUGGAAAUUAGGCUCAAAGCUGCAGCAACACAAUCAUGGAUGAACAACUUUAUCAUCAGUGGUCCUCUGAACAUCACAAAGUACAACACUAUCAAUGGAUCAGUUGGAGAAUCUCUAAUCAGGUGGACACCAACUGAAAAUGACUUUGGUGAUCAAGUUCCCAUUUGCUUUAUUGCAGAGAGUCUAUCGGGGUCCAGAAUCUUUCAUUCUGAAAUGAGAUGCAUCAUUGUCAUUGUUGGACACACAUAUGGGAAUGCCAAUGUGGUUUGUAAUGAGACCACAAUGACAGUGGAAGUGGAGAAGGCCUCAAUAAUUGGACUUCAUGAAGAUCACCUACGUCUCAUUGAUCCAUCCUGCACCCCCAUCUCCAAUGGCACCCAUGUGAUCGCUGCCGUGUCCCUUAGCUCCUGUGGAACUGAACUGGAGGAGGACGCUGACAACCUGAUUUUCAAAAAUGAAAUUAUGUCAUUCGACAACAUUGGUGAUGUCAUUACCAGGAAACACCAGGUGGAGAUUGGGUUCUCAUGCACGUACCCCAAGAAGGGACGCGUGUCUCUGGAGUUCCGUGCACACAAGAUUCCUUACGUGUUCACGGAAAAAGGGUUUGGAAAGUUCACCUACCAGUUUGAGUUCUUCCACAGUAACUUGUUCAACAGAAUGGUGGACACAGAUUCCUACCCUGUAGAGGUGGCACUGCAAGAGAUGCUCUACAUGGAAAUCAAAGCUACUUCCUCUAUUGCCAAUACUAAAGUCUUUGUGGAGUCCUGCAGAGCAACCCCCGUUGAUGACCCCAACUAUCACAUUUUCUAUGACAUAUUUGGAAAUGGCUGCUCUUUGGACGAGACGGUGGUGGUCUAUCCAAGUAACCCUUCAGAAUUCAAAUUUGGAAUUGAGGCUUUCAAAUUCAUUGGACAACAUGAGGAGGUCUUCAUAAGCUGCUCAGUCAUCCUGUGUGUGGCAGGGGACCCCACCACCAGAUGUUCUCAGGGUUGCAUCAAUGCCACAGCUGCCCCCGUUGUACAUCAUCACCACAGGAGGGCUGUUGCCACAGAGAGUGUGAGACACUCUAUUUCCCAGGGGCCUUUGCGUAUAAAGAGGACCACAGAUAUCACAGUUUCCAACAUGGGCUUGAACAUGAACCUGGUUUUCAUUGCUGCCGUUCUCCUGGUUGUGGUUGCCACUGUGUGUGGAGCUGUGAUUUAUACAGUAAAGAGGCCAAAAGUCAAAUACCAACCACUUCCAUCUACUGACUUCUGAGACACAGUUUGUGUGCUCAUGAAACAUGAUGAACACAUUCUAAUCAAUCACAUUUAUGCAAUAUUUGCCUUUUAUGAAUGAAAUUGAUGAGGUAUGUUUAAAAAAAGGGUAAGGACAAAUACAAAGGUUAGAUGUAUAUCUGUGAAAGGGAUUAACUUGUGGAAUAUUUGUGACAAAGAACUAAAAAUGUGUAGUAUACUUUGCAACUUUAAAACUGUUUAAAAUUAAGGUGUUAAACAAAUAAGGGGGCUGAAUAUGUGAACAUAUUAUGUAAAAAGGGAAGGUAUAAUAAGCUAAAGCUUCAGCCUACACCUUUUCGGUCAAUAUUUUUAUUCAUUAUUUCUAUAUACAUUCAUUCUGCAAAAAUUGUUAAUAAGGACCGAAAUAAAGAACUACUACUACUACUACUACUACUACUACUACUAAAAAGAUUAAUGGUCUAAAUCUGUAAAAUAUCUUUGUUUGUGUACCAAAUUUAAAUUUAAUUGUAAUUAAUAAAUGAUAUAUAAUAAAGUUAAGUUGACUAUAGGUUUACUACAGUAUAAUCGCAUUAUUAUUAUAGGUAAUGAAUGCCUCUGAAUUCAUGGUAUACAUUUGUUAUAAAGGUUAUUCAAAUAAUA